AUGGCUGAUAAAGACGAAAAGAAGGAGGAAGAUGAACGUUUCGAAUAUAUCUAUAAUUAUCUUACGUACACAAGGAAAUUGAAGGUUGACAGAUGGACGAAAAUGUUAUCAAACGCAGAUUUUAAGGAUCUGAUUGCAAAGUUCUUUGGUACGCCGUCGGAGAUGAUCCUUGUGUUGCAAGUCACACCCGCUGGCCUCCUGGUACCGUAUCUAGAAAUAACGCAAUGCAAGGGCAAGCUGACGUACUUUUUGAAGAGGACACCUCAACUAAUCACCGAGGCUAAUUACAAGGACUUGUUGAUACCGGGCGACAUGGCGCCGAAUCCGAUCGAAGAAUUGGCCGUUCUUGUCGAGGACGCAUACGUACCCAUUUUAUCGAAUCCAAAAAAUCAUGCUGGCUGGCCGGAGGUUGUUCGUGCAGAUGUAAAAAAACAAAUUUAUAGUCUACGAACUUUAAUAUGGCAGGUCAAGGGGAAAAUAACAGGACAAACAUUGCUUCCAAUGCCGAUGGGCAUUGAGGAUAUUCUCCAGGAAGAUUACGUGGAUAAAACGGACGCAAAAACGUUAGAAUUGAAGAGCGAUAUAGAGAAAAUCGUAAUAAAGUGGGCAACGCAACUUAGUGAGAUCCUUAAUGAAGAAUUUACUAAGAAGGAUGGACCACCCGUACCAGACCGAUCUGAGUUAGAUUACUGGAACAUGAGACUGAAGAAUAUGGAAUCACUUUAUCAACAAUUGAAAGAUCCAAGAGUACAAAAGAUGGGCGUAUUUUUGGAACAAAUGGAAAGCCCUUACUUGGAGUAUUUCCAGAAUUUAAUAAAGAAUGUAGCUGCAUCAUUAUUGGAGACAAGAGAUAUUACUCUGUACUUAAAGCCUCUCGAGCAUUAUUUUAAACAAAUCGAAAACUCUGAAUUCAAAGAUUUGGCAAUGAAAUUGAAAGCGUUGUUGCAUUGUGCCUGUUUAAUGUGGUCAAACUCAAAAUAUUACACUCUGGAAAGAAUGAUUGCUCUACUACGAGAAAUUUCAAAUUUGUUAAUAUCUCAGGCCGUGAAAUACAUAAAUCCGUCAACUUUAUUCGAAGCAGAUAUCGACGAAAAUAAACAGAAAAUAUUAGAAGUCAUACCUCUUCUUGAUUUUUAUCAAGAAACAUUUCGAUUGUUUAAAGAAAAAAUAGAAUACUACUUCAAGGGAGCUAUAGAACCUGUGCCUUGGACAUUCCACGAGAAAUUAGUUUUUAAGAGAAUACAAUUAUUCGAGAAGAGACUUAAAGAGAUCGAGUCAUUGUUCGACGUCGCUCAGGAUUACUUAAAAUUAGAGCGAAUAGAAAUGGCCGGCUUAAAAGGAAAAUCGUUGCUUAACAUGACUUACGAAAUUUACGAAGAAUUUGUAAAAGCAUAUCAACUUUUUGGAGAAGCGCCUUAUGAUGUUUUGUCACCCGAUGAAACGCAGUUUACCGAAGAUUUAGAAGAAUUUUUCAUCAAAGUGGAACAAUACGAUCGACGUCUUGCAAGCAUUUUCGACCAGGUAUUCGCGGAUUGCCACAAUUUAGAGUCAGUCUUCAAAUUCAUUUGGAUGAUGGGCCCAAUUGCUAAUAGACCUCUAAUUAUGGCUCAACUGUGGUACAAUUACGAAAAUUUGGUUCAAGGCAUCGAUAAACAUUUCAGUAAAGUAAAGAUUUUGUUCGAUGAAAACUUUAAGGAAGAUUCAAAAGCAUCACGCGCAGUUGUGAAUGAGUAUUUCCCACCAGUAUCUGCUGCUUUGUGCAUGUUACUGAAAUUAAGCGAAAGAUGUCGUUUUCCUGUCGAAUGCGUGAAGUUAUGCGAUCAUCCUCUAAUUACUGCGAAAAUGGAAAGUGAAUUGAAAAGCAAAUACGAAGAACUGGAAUCACUUAUUAGCUCCAAGGAACAGGAGAUUUUUACUGCGUGGGCAGAAACGGUGCCAGAGAUUUGUGAGAUACACUUGUCGAAAUCUUUGUUGAUAGUCAGAGACGACGAUCUACUGGAAAUGAAUUUUGCCCCUGAAUUGACGACUUUGCUGAAGGAAAUUCGUUAUAUGAUAAUUAUGAGAAGAACCGAUCUUUCACCCGAGGCGAUUGAUUUUUAUAAUGGAUCAGAGUUCUAUUUCAAGAGUACUUAUAAUCUUGAUUUAAUUGUAAAUUGGUACAAUAAAAUACGAACUGAAAGCGUUCCUGUGGAGUUUCAAUUAAUAGAAGACGAUAUUGAAGUAAUUGACGAAUUAAUUAAUUACGGCCAAGGAUAUUACACUUGGAAAUCUGAUGAUGUCCCAGAGUAUAUAGAUAAUCUGCUAACAACUGUUCGAAAAUUAUACGCCAGGGUAUUUCUAGCGCAGGACAAUUUGAAAAAUAUUAUGGACAGGCUGUAUACCUGGGCGAUGAUGCCAGUUCUUUAUCGCAAAGACGCGAGGGAUGAAAAUUUGUUGUCGAUCGCAGACAAGGAUGAUAGAUUUGAAGACAGAUUCACUGAAAUCGAGGAAACUGCUGAAGAACUUAAACGUGUUUUGGAGGAGAAUUACAAAUUAUUCUUUAAUUUACUGCCAGAGUCUUUUUACGAAAAGAGCGAGGCAGAAUUCCGCGAUGAUCAUGUAGAAGGAGAGAUCGAACGGAUAGAUUCAUCAGAAGAGAGUCCUCGUGUAUCAAGGCCGGACGAGGAGGAUAGUGAGGAGUUACCGAUAGAAGAAGAAGAAAUGGUGGAAGAAGAGGAAGAGGUUGUUGAUGAAGAAACGCAAGCACUUCGACGCGAGAAGUGGGAACCUUAUCUCAUCUACGUGGACAAUUUAAUUUCCAAAGGUCUCAUCCAAGCUGUAUCGACAAGUAUUUGCUACAUACUGGAUGAAACUGAUCCCGAAGGUAACAUAUAUCCGUUGUUUGAAAUACAACUGCAUCUAGAGGUAAAUAUUAUUGGUUUUCGACCACGAUUGGAAAUUGAUGAUCCUGAAGGAUUCUAUAGCUUCUUUGAGAGCCUCUUACUUGACAUGAUGAAGAUGGGUACACUUAUUCAGCGUGUCGACCCUCAAAUCGCUGAAGAACAAGAAAAUUAUGCGACUGAUCUGGCAGAAGAGGAAGGUAUCGUCUUUAUGUUGGAAGAAACUUGUAACAGAGUAAAGCUUGCUCUGGCAGAAGUGAAAGAGCAUGCUCAGAUAUACGAGACUUUCUCCUGGUUGUGGAUCGAUGACAAGCAGGAAUAUUUAGACUACUUUCUACGGUACGCUAAGUACGUAUCGCCUACAGACAGAGAGAUGCUCGCAGAACAUCCAGAUUAUGUUCCAGAAAAUUUUAAACCGAAGAAACCCGACUUGUCGGACUUCAAACAGGAAAUUGAUUAUUUCAUGAGCCUAUAUGAAUCUUGCGAUCAAAACUCGAACGAAUACGUUGCCUGUACAUGGUUGAGACUGGACGUAAAACCUUUUAAGCAGUCUCUUUUGAACUUAAUUUGUAAAUGGGCUAAUGUACUGAAAGAGUAUUUGGUCAACCUUAUUACCAAACAAUUGGAGGAUUUGGCUGAGUUUUUAAAAGCAGCGAUGGAAAAUUUUACGCAAUCUAUACAAGAAGAUGAUUAUGAUGCGCUUUUAGUGACUAUUUCCUACUUAAAAGAAAUUAGAGAUCGGCAAUUUGAAAUAGAAGAUAUGUUCGAUCCUAUUAAGAAAACAAUAGAGCUCCUGCAACACUAUCAAGUGGUUCUGAAUCCGAAAAUAUUUGAUUGGUUAACAGAAUUACCCCAUAGUUGGGAAUCUUUAAAAAAAGUAGCCGCUCAAGUCAAACAAGUCGUACAACCUUUAAUGACUCGUCAAAUUGAACUUUUGAAAAAGAGAUUGAGCUACCACGAUUUCAAACAGCAACAUUUCCUCGAAGAAUUUCAUAAAAACGAUGUUUUUAGCGACCAAUGUAAUGAUCCUUAUGAGAAAUUAAAUAAGAUACGUGAAGAAGUUGUGACGUUUCUAAACGAAGAGAAGGCACUGAAGGAUCAAACGGUAAUCUUUGAACAAGAAAUGCCCGAGUUUAAAGUGACCAAGCAAGUACAAAAAGAAAUGCAGCUUCUAAAAACCUUAUGGGAUUACGUGAACGUAAUCAGUACGAGUUUAAACGAAUGGAAAAAGACCACAUGGAAAAAGAUCGAUGUCGAAUGGAUGGACCAAGAAUGCAAGAAACUACUCAGAGAAUUGAGACAACUGGACAAAGACGUACGUUCAUGGGAGCUGUACGCGGACGUUGAAGCCCAAGUCAGAAACAUGAUGGCGUCGUUAAGAGCAGUUGCGGAAUUACAGAACCCAGCAAUUAGAGACAGACAUUGGAGGGAAUUAAUGGCUGAAACGCGGGUUGCGUUUAGUAUGACCGAUAGUACCACGCUGGAAGAUUUAUUGAAAUUGCAAUUGCAUAAAUAUGAAGAAGAAGUAAAAAAUAUCGUGGCUAAAUCAGUAAAAGAAAUGGCGAUGGAGAAAGUGUUGAAAGAACUUCAUGAUACCUGGAGCACUCUUGAAUUUGGCAAAGAGCUACACGAUCGUACGAAAUUAAACAUUCUUAAAAUCGACGAGGAAACUAUAGAAACCCUUGAAGAUAAUCAGGUGCAACUACAGAAUAUGUUGGGUUCGAAAUUUGUGGGAUAUUUCCUCGACGACAUUUUGGAUUGGCAAAAGAAAUUAAGCAAUGCAGACGCCGUGAUUAACGCGUGGUUCGAAGUUCAAAGAGCAUGGAUGCAUCUUGAAAGUAUUUUCAUCGGCUCCGAGGAUAUUAGAAGCCAACUUCCGGAAGAGUCAAAGCGGUUCGAAAAAAUCGACAGGGACUUUAAAGAGCUGUUAAGGGAAAUGCUGAGUAAUUUAAACAUCGUCAAAGCAACUAAUCGUCCAAAACUGUUAGAGAAGCUAGAAGAAUUACAAGUUCAGUUGAAUUUCUGCGAAAAAGCACUAGCCGAUUAUUUGGAAACAAAAAGAUUAAUUUAUCCGAGAUUUUAUUUUAUUUCUGCAGCUGAUCUCCUUGAUAUCUUGAGCAAUGGCAAUAAUCCUGAACUGGUUUGUAAGCACUUGUCAAAAUUGUACGAUUCCAUUGCGAAGUUACAAUGGAAAAUGGACGGUGACAAACCAACGAAGUUCGCAAUUGUAAUGGUCGCUAAAGACGGUGAAACGAUGACACUUUACGGAUCUUGUGAUUGCAGUGGAAAGGUAGAAAACUGGUUGAAUAACGUGACAGAUGCAAUGAAAAGGACAGUAAGGCAUCUCAUAUCUCAAGCCGUAGGUAAUUACGACGAAAAACCCAGGGAAGUGUGGAUCUUUGAUCACCAAGCUCAACCAGCCCUUUGUGGCAGUCAAAUUUGGUGGACAACCGAAGUGAACAUGGCCUUUAUGAGACUAGAAGAGGGUUUCGAAAAUGCGUUUAAAGAUUAUCAACGGAAACAAAUAAAUCAGCUGAACGCCCUAAUUACUAUACUUUGCGGAGAGUUAAAUGAAAACGAUAGAAGGAAAAUUAUGACGAUCUGCACGAUAGAUGUGCACGCUAGGGACGUUGUCGCGAAGAUGAUCGCAAUGAAAGCGGAAAAUUCUUCUAGUUUUCAAUGGCAAUCUCAACUCAGGCAUCGAUGGGACGAUAAAGCUCACGAUUGUUACGCCGAUAUAUGUGACGCAACCUUCAGAUACAAUCACGAAUAUUUAGGAAAUGUUCCGCGGUUGGUGAUAACACCGUUAACCGACAGAUGUUAUAUCACUUUAACGCAAUCGUUGCAUCUCAUAAUGGGAGGUGCACCGGCAGGACCCGCAGGAACAGGAAAAACGGAAACCACGAAAGAUUUAGGACGAGCAUUAGGUCAAAUGGUGUAUGUCUUCAAUUGUUCGGAGCAAAUGGACUAUAAGUCUUGCGGAAAUAUUUAUAAAGGUCUGGCACAAGUAGGUGCGUGGGGUUGUUUUGAUGAAUUCAACCGCAUUUCGGUGGAAGUGCUCUCUGUGGUUGCUGUGCAAGUAAAGUCGGUUCUGGAUGGGGUAAAAAGUGGUAAACUGACAUUCUUGUUCUUUGGGGAAGAACUAAAUCUCGUUAAUACUGUUGGAAUGUUCAUCACGAUGAAUCCAGGAUACGCAGGAAGAACAGAAUUACCGGAAAAUUUGAAAACCUUGUUCCGGCCCUGCGCGAUGGUAGUGCCGGAUUUCGACCUUAUUUGCGAGAUCAUGCUGGUAGCGGAAGGUUUUCAAGAGGCUAGAUUGUUGGCUAGAAAAUUCAUAACGCUUUAUCAGCUCUGCCGAGAACUUCUGUCGAAGCAGGAUCACUACGACUGGGGUUUAAGGGCAAUUAAAUCGGUUUUGGUUGUUGCUGGAAAAUUGAAAAGGGACGAUCCUCAAAGAGAGGAGGAUCAGGUGUUAAUGAGAGCUCUCAGAGACUUUAACAUCCCAAAAAUCAUAACGGACGAUGUACCUGUCUUUAUGGGACUUAUCGGAGACUUAUUCCCUGCUUUGGAUGUGCCACGGAAAAGGGACUUGGAAUUCGAACUAACAGUUAAAGAAGCAGCAGUUGAUUUAAAAUUACAACCAGAGGAUGGUUUCAUCUUGAAAGUCGUUCAAUUGGAGGAAUUACUUCACGUUCGACAUUCUGUUUUCAUUGUCGGCUUUGCGGGGACUGGGAAGACCCAAGUCUGGAAAACACUCUAUCGAACCUAUUUUAAUCAGAAACUAAAACCGUAUUACAAUGAUUUGAAUCCGAAAGCUGUGACCAAUGACGAAUUGUUUGGAAUCAUUAAUCCGGCUACUCGAGAGUGGAAAGACGGAUUGUUCUCAGUGAUAAUGAGGGAUCAAGCAAACAUGACAGGAAACGAUCCAAAGUGGAUCAUUUUUGACGGUGACAUAGAUCCAAUGUGGAUCGAAUCAUUGAACACUGUUAUGGAUGACAACAAAGUACUAACAUUAGCUAGCAACGAAAGAAUAGCUCUGACGGCCCACAUGAGACUUCUCUUUGAGAUUUCCAAUCUUCGAACGGCCACUCCAGCGACAGUAUCCAGAGCCGGAAUUCUUUACAUAAAUCCGCAAGACAUCGGAUGGUACCCAUUUGCAGUCAGUUGGAUAGAGACGAGAGAGCCUUCUGAAAGAACAAAUUUGACUAUAUUAUUCGAUAAAUACGUUCCACCUUUGGUAGAUGUGAUGAAGCACAGAUUUAAGAAAAUCACCCCGUUACCAGAUAUUUGUCAUCUGCAAAUGCUCUGUAAUUUGUUAGAUUGUUUUUUAACCCCGGAUAAUGUACCAGCAGACUGCCCAAAAGAAUGGUACGAACUGUAUUUUGUAUUUGCUUGCAUUUGGGCAUUCGGAUCGGCGACUUUUCAAGACCAGUUAAUUGAUUGGCGAAACGAGUUCAAUAAAUGGUGGCAAAAUGAGUUUAAGACGGUCAAAUUACCAGCUGGUGGAAAUAUAUUUCAUUAUUUUAUUGAAGAAGAAACAAAAAAGCUGUCGCCAUGGACUGAUAUAGUGCAUGAAUUCGAAUUAGAUCCUGAAAUCCCUCUACAGUCCACUCUUGUGCCAACCGGUGACACGGCGUACUUGCACUUUUUCUUGGACAUUCUCAUCAAGAAAAAAGUGCCGGUGAUGUUAAUAGGUGCGGCUGGUUCGGGAAAAAGUGUAAUCGUUGCUGAGAAGUUGGGUUCUCUUCCGGAUGAUUACAACAUUGCGAACGUACCUCUGAAUUAUUACACCACUUCUGAAAUGUUACAAAGGAGUAUGGAGAAAUAUUUGGAAAAAAAGACAGGCAGAAAUUAUGGGCCACCCGGUAUGAAAAAGCUGAUAUAUUUUAUCGAUGAUAUGAAUAUGCCUGAGGUCGAUACAUAUGGCACGGUGCAGCCCCAUACACUCAUUCGGCAACACAUCGAUUACACUCACUGGUACGACCGAGCAAAGCUGACUUUGAAAGAAAUUCACAAUACCCAGUACGUGUCCUGCAUGAAUCCCACAGCUGGAAGCUUCACAAUAAAUUCUCGUUUACAGAGACACUUCGCUGUUUUCGCAGUCAAUUUUCCAUCUGAGGAUAAUUUAAUCAGAAUCUAUAGUCAAAUAUUCGAUCAACAUCUGACGAAUCCAUUCAAUAAAUUCAAUGUGUCGCUACUAAAAAAUAUUGAACUUCUAUUAGCAGCAGCAUUAUUCUGCCACAGUAAAAUUUCAAGCACAUUUUUGCCAACAGCUGUCAAAUUCCACUAUGUAUUUAAUCUACGCGAUCUGUCAAACAUAUUUCAAGGUAUACUUUUCGCUAAUGGCGAGGCAGUGCCAACGCCCAAUCACUUAAUAAGAUUGUAUGUUCAUGAAGCAAUGAGAGUGUAUUCCGAUAAGUUGGUCAAUGUCGAAGACAAGAACACAUUUCAGCAACUAUUGAAGGAAUCACUUCGUAAAAAUAUUCCUGAAAUGGACGAGAAUAUUAUAUUUGCUCGGCCGAUAAUAUAUUGUCAUUUCGCUGAGGGAAUCGGUGAACCAAAAUAUAUGCCAAUAAAAGAGUGGCCCCAACUGACAAAGUUAUUGGAUGAAGCUUUGCUUAAUUAUAAUGAUCUGGUAUCAGCAAUGCAUUUAGUGUUAUUCGAAGACGCAAUGUAUCAAGUGUGUCAAAUAAAUCGGAUUUUGGAGGCACCACGAGGAAAUGCACUUUUAGUAGGAGUUGGAGGAAGCGGGAAGCAAUCUCUUUCCUCUCUUGCGUCUUUCAUCGCAGGAUUGGAGGUUUUCCAGAUGCAACUAAAAACAGGAUAUUCGAUGAAUGACUUGCGGACCGAUUUAGCAAGUUUAUACUUAAAGGCUGGGCUUAAAGGAAUCGGAAUUACUUUUUUGAUGACCGAUUCUCACGUCGCCGAUGAAAGAUUUUUGGUUCUUAUAAACGACAUGCUAGCCUUUGGUGAAAUUUCGGAAUUAUUCCCUGACGAGGACAUCGAUAAUAUCGUAAAUUCUAUGAGAAAUGAGGUGAAACAAACCGGCAUGAUGGACACCAAUGAAAACUGCUGGAAAUUUUUCAUCGACAGAGUACGAGGUCGCUUAAAAUGCGUUCUUUGCUUUUCUCCUGUUGGAUCAACUCUUCGAAACAGAGCCAGACAAUUCCCAGCAAUUGUAAACAAUACUUCGAUCAAUUGGGUACAGAGCUGGCCACUAGAAGCUUUGAGAUCAGUUUCCGCUAGAUUCUUAGAAGAAUUGGAAGAACUUCCAAAGGAGUUUAAAAAAUCGGCGUCUUUGUUUAUGUCGUUUGUGCAUACCAGCGUCAACGAUAUCUCCGCGUUGUAUUUGCAAAAUGAGAGACGAUACAAUUAUACGACACCGAAAUCUUUUUUGGAACAAAUUGCUUUAUAUUCGAAGUUACUUGCAGAGAGAACUUACGACAUAAAGGCAACGAUAGACAGGUUACGGAGUGGUUUGGAAAAAUUAGAAUCCUGCGCGGGUCAAGUUAGCGAGCUAAGAGUGAUCUUAGCAGUCCAGGAAGUUGAACUAAAAAAGAAGAAUGAAAUAGCAGACAAGAUUCUUGUUGAAGUUCGUGCCGAAAACGCUAAAGCCGAAGCUGAAAAAAUGAUUGUAUCUGAGGAAGAAGCAAAAAUAGCGGAAAUAAAAGAAGUAGUGUCGGAAAGACAGAAACGUUGCGAUGAAGAUUUAAUGAAAGCUGAGCCGGCUGUGCGACAAGCUGAAGCUGCCCUCGAUACUUUAAAUAAAAACAAUCUGACUGAACUGAAAUCCUUUGGAACACCACCGGAACAAGUAGCUAUGGUAGCACAAGCUGUACUGGUCUUGUUUGCUCCCAGAGGACAAAUCCCCAAAGACAGAAGUUGGAAAGCAUGUAAAGCGAUGAUGGGUCAUGUUGACACAUUUCUUUCGCAGCUUCGAAAUUAUGACAAAGAAAAUAUUCACGCUGAAGUCGUCAAAGCUAUUCAGCCUUACAUCAAUAACAAAGAAUUCGAUCCAGAGAUUAUUUACUCAAAGUCUCAAGCAGCCGCUGGUCUUUGCAGUUGGGUUAGAAACAUCAUGGUCUUUCAUUACAUUAAUGAAACUGUAAAGCCCUUAAGGAAUGCACUUGCACAAGCUAAUGCUGAGCUUAAAGCUGCAUUGGAUCAUUUGAACUCCUUGAGAGGACGAUUAGCGGAAUUACAAAAAGUACUCGAUGUUCUCGGGGAAAGAAUGAAUGCAGCCUUGGAAGAGAAACAGAAAUGCCAGGAUGAAGCAGAUGCCACUGCAUUAACGAUUGAUCUUGCGAAUAGACUUGUGAAUGGAUUAGCUUCUGAGAAAAUACGAUGGACUGAAACAGUGGAAACGUUAACAAAUUCGGAAGUGACUGUUCCUGGCAAUAUUCUCCUUAUAACAGCAUUCCUUUCAUACAUGGGAUGCUUCACACGAAAAUAUAGACACGAUUUGAUGAAUGAGAAUUGGUUGCCGUAUCUGGAGACUUUGGAGCCGAAAAUACCAAGAACUCCCAGUUUGGACGUACUAACAUUAUUAUCCGAUGAUGCACAAAUUGCUCAAUGGAACAAUGAAGGACUACCAACCGAUAAAAUGUCUUCCGAGAAUGCAACCAUCUUAAUGAAUUCGUCAAGAUGGCCUCUAAUGAUAGAUCCACAACUACAAGGUUUAAAAUGGAUAAAAAGUCGCUACGGAGAAGAAUUACAAGUGCUUAGGCUUACGCAGCCGAAUUAUUUAAGUUAUAUUGAAAUAUCAAUUGCAAACGGAAAAACAGUUUUAAUUGAAAAUAUUAUGGAAUCAAUUGAUCCAGUACUGGAUCCCGUUAUUAAACGAGAUUUGAUAAAAAAAGGAAGGGCCAUAAAAAUUUGGGACAAGGAAAUCGAUUACGAUCACCGUUUUCGGUUAAUUCUGCAAACAAAGCUAGCUAAUCCACACUAUAAACCCGAGAUUCAAGCACAAACAACUCUUAUAAACUUUACCGUAACAAAAGACGGUUUAGAGGAACAGCUUUUAGGGGAUGUUGUGAAAGCCGAAAGACCUGACUUAGAAUCUAAGAAAGCAGAAUUGACUAUACAACAGAAUUCAUUUAAAAUUUCUUUAAAAGUAUUGGAGGACGAUCUUCUACACAGGUUAUCGACAGCGGGGCCAAACAUUUUGAGUGAUGUCGAUCUAGUGAUAAAUCUCGAGACUACUAAGAAAACCGCUGCGGAAAUAAAAAUAAAGGUCGCCGAAGCUAAAGUGACGGCGGUAAAGAUAGAUGAAGCUCGAGAAAUUUACCGCACGGUUGCAUGCAGAGCCAGUCUUUUAUACUUCGUUUUAAACGACCUGAGCAAAAUAAACAUGCUCUACCAAUUUUCCCUGAAGGCAUUCAGCGUUGUUUUUCAAAAUGCAAUUAAAUUUGCAGAAGCGGCGGAUACUUUAGUAAAACGUGUUGCUCUUUUAAUUGACAGCAUCACGUACUUAGUUUUCAUUUACACGAGUCGAGGACUGUUUGAGAACGACAAAUUGACGUUCCUUUGUCAAAUGACCAUUCAGAUUUUCAUGCAGACAAACGAAAUAACGCAGUCUGAGCUCGAUUUUCUCUUGCGAUUUCCAUACAUACCCGAGUUAAACAGUCCCGUUGACUUCCUCUCAAACGUUGGUUGGGGUGGAAUUAAGUAUUUAAGCCAAAUGGACGAUUUCCGUAAUUUAGAAAAGGAUAUAGAAGGCGCUGCGAAAAGAUGGAAAAAAUUCGUGGAAUCAGAAACACCAGAACGUGAAAAUUUCCCUCAAGACUGGAAAAAUAAAACUGCCUUACAACGGUUGUGCAUUAUGAGAUGUCUUAGAUUGGAUCGAAUGACUUACGCACUUAGAUGCUUCGUGGAAGAAAAACUGGGUUCGAAAUUUGUGGAAUCUAGAUCUCCCCCUUUUCAUAAAUCCUUUGAGGAAACUAGUUCAAUUACGCCUGUAUUUUUUAUUCUCUCCCCGGGUGUUGAUCCCCUAAAGGAUGUAGAGAAGCUCGGCAAGCAAUUGAAUUUCACUUUCGAAGGAAGGAAUUUCCAUAAUGUAUCCUUGGGUCAAGGCCAAGAACCAAUUGCCGAAGAGGCAAUGAUUAUUUCAGCGAAUGAAGGACACUGGGUGAUUUUGCAAAAUGUUCAUUUAGUGAAGAAAUGGCUGCCUAUACUAGAAAAGAGAAUGGAACAAUUAUCAGAAAGUCCUCACGAGGAUUAUCGAUUGUUUAUUAGUGCCGAACCUAGUCCAGAUCCUCGAGAAUCAAUAAUACCACAGGGUAUCCUUGAAUCUGCUAUAAAAAUUACAAACGAACCACCAUCAGGAAUCCAAGCAAAUAUUCACAAAGCACUGGACAAUUUCAGUCAAGAGACUCUUGAAUCCUGCAGCAAGGAGACCGAAUUCAAAGCCAUACUAUUUGCACUCUGUUAUUAUCAUGCUGUCCUCGCGGAACGCAGAAAAUUCGGAGCACAGGGAUGGAACAGGAGCUAUCCAUUCAAUUUCGGUGACUUGACGAUCAGCGUGUCUGUGUUGUUUAAUUAUUUGGAGAACAGUAUCAAAGUACCAUGGGAGGAUCUCCGUUAUUUAUUUGGGGAAAUUAUGUACGGAGGCCACAUAACUGACGAUUGGGACAGAAGAUUAUGUAGAACAUAUUUAAUGGUGUACUUGAAAUCAGAAUUAGUUGAUGGUGAAUUAUACCUAGCUCCUGAAUUUUUGGUACCACCUAAUAGUGAUUACGUAACAUACCAUCAAUAUGUAGAUGAUUUUUUGCCUAGUGAAAGUCCAGUUCUUUAUGGUCUUCAUCCUAAUGCCGAAAUUGGAUUUUUGACAUCAACCGCUGAGAAUUUAUUUAAAACGUUGCUGGAAAUGCUGACGCAGACAGCAAGCAAUGCAGCAGGAGGAGACAUGUUGAAAGAAGAUAAAAUGAAAGGAAUUUUAGAAGACUUACUAGAUAAAUUACCGGAAGAAUUUAAUAUCGCAGAACUUCAGGGCAAGGUUGAAGAUCGCACACCCUACGUUACGGUUGCUUUGCAAGAAUGCGAACGAAUGAACCUUCUAUGCGAAGAACUCAGAAGAUCCCUUCGAGAAUUAGAGUUGGGAUUGAAAGGUGAAUUAACAAUUAACGCUGAAAUGGAAGAUUUGCAAAAUUACAUAAUGAUGGAUGCCAUUCCACCAUCUUGGACUAAAAGAGCGUAUCCCUCAGAAUUAGGAUUAAAUAGUUGGUUUGCUGACGUGUUGAAUAGGAUUAAUGAAUUGUCCAAUUGGACUGCAGAUUUUAGCUUACCUGCAUCAGUAUGGUUAGGUGGCUUCUUCAAUCCGCAAUCAUUUUUGACUGCAAUUAUGCAACAAACUGCACGAAAGAAUGAAUGGCCAUUGGACAAGAUGUGUUUAUAUUGCGAAGUUAUGAGAAAAUAUAAGGAAGAAAUCACGGCAGCACCGAGAGAAGGUGCAUACAUAAAUGGAUUAUAUAUGGAUGGCGCAAGAUGGGACACCCAAACAGGGUGCAUCAUGGAGUCUAGGUUCAAAGAGUUGUAUCCAUUGAUGCCAGUAAUGUAUAUUCGUGCAAUUACACAAGAUAAGCAAGAUCUACGAAAUAUGUAUGAAUGUCCUGUGUACAAAACUCGUUCUCGAGGCCCCACUUACGUAUGGACCUUCAAUUUGAAAACAAAAGAGAAAGCAGAGAAAUGGAUUCUUGCUGGAGUGGCAAUUUUAUUACAAAUCUAAUUGUACUACAAUAAUCCACAAUUUAUUAAAAUAAACAAUUAGAAUUGAGUUUAACAGAAAUACAAUUCAAAUUUUACGUGCACUGAUGUCCGCGUAUAUGGCCACGCCUAUCCCCACCAAUUCCUGAAACUGCUGGUUCGAGGCAGGCCUCGGCGUUAUCUAUUAUCUGCAUCGACGUGAUUCAACUAAAUAGUGUGACGUCUCAAUACCAUAUAACUAGGUAGAAGUGCAUAUCUCAUACACAACUAACCGAUUCUAGUUCAUAAGCAUCUUUACACGAGUCGGGGCUGUAGAUGGCUAAAUUUUCAGGAACGGUGCAGGAAUCGGGGACCAGUUACCAGAGUGCUUUCCCCACGGUUGUGGGACGCAGUUGCAUAUAGGGUGGGCUGGAUAUACGCACUUUACGUUUAU